CAUACAUCAAGAAUCCUCCUCGCGCGAACACAACUCCCCCACGCGCACCCCGCGCACCACCGCCGCCGGCGCGUCCGCGCGCGGCCGCGGCACGAAGGGCGGUUCCGAAUCGCACGACAGCGUGACCGCCCGCCUCCGGCCGGGGUCCGCUAUUAACAACUCGUUCGGCAGCGGCGCGAGCGCCCGCUGCGCGGCGCGCACGGCCUCGAGCGCCUCGAGCGCGUCCUUCCCGGGCGCGACGCGCCGGCCCGCGUCCCAGGCGAGGCGCCCCGUCUUUAAUUCAAGCAGGACGCAGCCGAGGGACCACAGGUCCGCCGCGUGGCCGUCGUAGUCUAUCUCAAUGCCGAGCGCGACGUCGCAGACCUCCGGCGCCGCGAAGGCCACGGUGCCGCACGCCGUGCGGCACCGGCCGCCUUCACAAAACUUGGAAAGGCCGAAGUCGACUAAUCUCAAAUUCCCGCGCGCGUCGAUACACAAGUUCUCGGGCUUGACGUCGCGGUGGGCCCACCCUAAGGAGCCGAUGGCCUUUAGGGCUGCCCACGCAUCAUACGCGUAGAAGGAUACCUCGGCCUCCGUUAAAACGCCGCCGCGGCGCUUCCGCCUCCGAUCCAAGUCGCCUCCAGGAUAAUACUCCGUGACGAGCGCCACGGUAUCUGGAGAUGACGCGAGCGCCACGAAGCCGCGCUGGAUUUGUGCGUCGCGGAGCGCCUUUACUUCAUUUUCUAGGGACGCGAUCUUUAAUGAAUCCAUGCGUCGGCGGUCCCAGACCUUCGCGAGGGCGUAGCGCUCCUUAUGGAGGACGCAGGCUACACAACUGCCCGGGGACCGCUUGAGAAUAUCGACGCAGCGCGCGUCCAGCCAGCCCUCGUCGUCGUCGACGGCGGCGGUUCUCGCGGCUCUGACGGUGCCCCGGCGGCACCAGUCGAAGCCGAAGGGCAUCACUCGACGCGUGCCCGACGCGCGGCCGCGGCUUGGGGCUGGGGGGGGCUGCCCACAAAAUGCCAGCCGUCAGACCUGGCGCAAGCCGCUGCAGCCGGCCGAGGCGUUACUACUGAGACUCCUGCAGAGCGAUGCGAGGCCGUCAAAGCGCGGAGACCACCGAUACGGCGCCCGGGCAGGGAUGGCAGGGUGCGGGGUGUAGAGCCAGAGCUCGAUCUGGGAGCCCGGGCGCCCACCUGUGCGCGCGGCCGGAGACACAGCAGCCUCGCGGACGUCCUCUCACUCCCAACGCUAAGGCCAGACCGCCGGGCAGCCCCGCGCCGCCGCCGCGGGACUCCUACCCUCCAAUCUCACCCGGGCCGAUCCGGUCGCCGCGCGGCCGAACAACACCCUGAGAUGGCCGGGAUAUUAACAAGAUGCGCCACCUGCCUCGUGGACAUCCCCCACACCGCUCCCAGGUGCGGCCGCUGCCACACGCGCUACUGCGGCGAGGCGUGCCAGCGGGAGCACUGGAAGCAGCAACCGACGCACCCCUGGUCGACGGGGCCCCACGAGAAGUUCUGCAAGACCAUCAAGAAGGCGGGCGGCGCCGAGCAGCACUACGCGAACCAGAAAUAUGCGCAAGCCGUCAAGACCGCAGAAGAUUGUUGCAAUACUAAUGUAAAGGACAACGGCCCGAAAGCCGCGAAGAACAAGAAUCUGAAGUACGUCGUCGGCGAGACGCCCGUGGACGACACGUCGGCGGCCAUCCGGACGCAACUCAAAAUCGACGGCCACACGGGUCUCACGUGCCACGUCUGCCGGAAAGGAGGCAAGUUGGUGCGCAUGUGCGCGUGCUCGGGCAAGAACGGCUUCGCUCAUAUUGCAUGUUUGGAGAAGAAGGCCGCGAAGAGUGUGGAAGAUGCGGUCAAUAAAAGGGGCCCGCGCGUGCCGCAUUCCGAGCAGUCCUGGGCGCGCUGGAACGCGUGUCCGCUCUGUGGCGCCGAAUAUGUUGGUCAGUUGUCCAACGCGUUGGGCUGGGCCUGCUGGCGGACGUACUGCCGGCGGACGGACGAAGCGGACUGGCAGCUGCGCUUCAACGCGACGGGCUUUCUGGCUCGCGGCUUGUACGGCGCGGAGCGGUACGAGGAGGCGAAUCGGGUGUUUCGAGCGAGGCUGGGGAUGUAUAGAAGACGCGUCUUAGGCAACGUCAGUCAGCGGGGCUACGAAUUGGAGACGUGCCAGCAGCAACUCCAAAUUUUGAAUAAUAUCGCGUACUGCUCUGAGUGGAAAUCGAAUUUCGGGCGCCCCACGCCAGCGACGCGACGUUGUUCCUCUGCCUGCGUCUGCUCGAUGGCGUGGAGGUUCAAUGUCAUCGACGCGACGUUGUUCCCGCGACCGCGGCGGCUCGAUGGCGUGGAGGCUCACGAAGGUCCACGCAAACCUAGCUCAUUGGUUGAUGUCCACGCAGGUGCUGCUGCAACCAGUUGAAGCUCUCGGACCAGCAGUGCUGCGAGGACGUGCUCGAGCUCUCGAAGUCGAUGAUCAAGAUGUCGCAGUUCACGAUGUCCGUCCUCUUCCUGAAGGAGGUUUUAAGGUUGGCCGAGCGGACGGACAUCGGCUGCGCGACGACCUUGCAGCUCAACUGGAUCUACGCGGUGGCCAUCUUCAACGACGCGCGGACGCCCGAGGAGAUGGAACACGCCAUCCCGUAUUUCAAGAAGGCCGCGGAGCGCGCGCGCCGCACGCAGGGCGAGGACCACGCGCUGACGCUCAAGUUCGAGCAGACGCUCGCCGACGCGCGGGGCGUCAUCGACGGCAAGGGGAUCGCUCGGCUCUCGAACAUAAAUCCCUAG